AUGGACCUAAAUAACGAGACUUUUUUGGUCACGUUUGGUAAUGAUCAAGACUAUCUCAGGGCGCUUACGGGGGGACCUUGGGUUAUACUCGAUCAUUACCUGGUGGUGCAUCAGUGGUCGCCGGCUUUUCGAACUUCUGACAAACCUCAUCGGAGGGUAGUAGCGUGGGUUCAAUUGCCGGAAUUACCAGUUCAUUUUUAUCACCGAGAAGUUCUCUUCGCCCUGGGAAACCUGAUCGGGAGGACGGUCAAGCUUGAUUAUCACACUGAGAAACUAGAACGUGGGAAGUUUGCCAGACUAGCAAUCGAACUCGACAUGACGAAGCCUUUGCCCACUCGUAUCAGGUUAGAUGGAUUCUGGCAACAAGUGCUUUAUGAGAAUAUCCCCCAGAUUUGUUUUCAAUGUGGCAGAAUUGGCCACUUAGAAGACAAUUGUCCAUUGUCAAAAUCUAAUCAAGUGCUAGCCAUCACCAACGGCUCGGGCUCCGAUCAACUGCAAAUCUCAUCGGAAUCGUCUCCGGCGGAACCCCCUUAUGGAUUUGGGCCAUGGAUGCACGUUACGAGAAAAUCACGAAAACCUGCCAAAUCCGGAAACGUUGAUGCGAACAGAGGAAACAACCUUCCCCUUAUGGAGACAGCCCAAGUUGGGAAAGUUCUUCCAAAAUCAGCUCAAAAAGGAAAAGGGGAUAGUAGAGCAACGUCUCCUUUGGAAACUAAAGGGAAGGAGGAUGGUAAAUUGGCGAACAAGAAGGGAUCAGUAUUGGUAUCUAAAGGGAAGUCUGCAGUAGUGGAGGGGCAAGCUACAGAUAAAAAGAUUCAGUCGGGCAAACCCAUAAAGGAGUGGCGGGCUGUGGGCCAGCGGGAGGGUAUAAUUAAUCAGGCCCAGCCCAACGAAGCCUCUGCGUCUAAUUCAGAUCAGAAUACACUUAUGGGCCAGGGAAAUAAGACUACAAUGAUGGAAUUAGAACCCCAAACGGUUGUGGGGGAAAACAACACUACAAUACACCUGGUCUCUGUUCCUCCCUUAGCAACGAAUCUGAAAGAAAACAGGGACCCUAAUGUUACUUCGAAUACCUCUGUUAGGCAGCACUACAGGAAGAAACAAGCUAAUCAUUCUCCCGCAAAGGAUUCCAAUAGAGGCAUCAGCCUCAGAGCAGCUAAGAAGCCUGUUCAUGUGGCUAUCAAUAAGCGAGAGCUUGCCAAUAAACCGAAGGAGGCAGCUUUUCCGGUGACUAUCAGCGCAAUCGAAGAUUUCAUCGCGCAAUCGCAACAAAAGCAAAGUGAUUUCACGUCGGCCAAGGAAGGAAAAACGGGCGAUGUCGAUAUGGUGGAAAGUCUGGGAGAUACUCUCACAAAUACCGUGCCGGCGAACAGAGAGCCUAGCAGUGACCCAACUGCUAAUAAUUGA